CUGGUCAGGGUAGGUGCAGACGAAUGGGUGCGCUACAGCGGGACAGCGAGUGCGCUAUUGUGCCGUAGAAGAAGACGCGUGUGAAAACAUGGAGAGGGAUGGGGUGCUAAUAGAGUUAGCGGCUAACUAACAACACAACCCCAGUCGACAGGCGAAAGCAAUGCUCGCCAACUUAACCCUAACAAUUAUAUUUAACCCUCCAUGCAACCUCCGAGCAGUUCCUCUGGGUCAUAUAGCAAACAAAACUUUUGGACGAAGUUGGCGACAUGUCGAGGUUCCUUAGCUCACGCUAACCUAAGCUAGCUGUUAACUUUUCAUGUUAGUCAUUGGACGUGUGAGGUCGCGACGGCGUUGAAAACAUGAAGCCUAGAAAACAGCUGUAGCGUGCUGGACUACAAAACCAUACGGUGCUUACCUCGCUCUGGGUGGGCUGGUGGUCACUUCAGUCAGUCGAUCUAGUCAUGCUGCUAGCAGCCCCCAGUAGGAAAAAGUACCACCUGCAGAUGGCGCCACAGCAGAGAAAGGGGAGCGCUAACGCAGCUGAACUGCUGAGCCGGAGGAGCACAGGUCUUGGAAAUACUGGGACUUUAAUCAGACAUAAUUUGAAGAUCCUGAGAGGUAUUCUCCUUCAGGAAAACCGGACUUUCACGAAAGUAUGGAGCAAGACCUCAAAAUCCACAGUAAUGUACGAAAAUUGCAAACUAUACUUUGAAAACUACCAGCACUGCUACAGCUGUGUUCAUGUUGAGCCUCAGAUUUUGUACAAACUGCCAACGAGGUCCAAACAGGAGAAAAUUGAAGAUACGUUGAUGUGUCACAGCCCAGUUGAAAAAUCCUUAUCUUCUCCAUCUGAUCAUAAACCAAGCCUCUUGGCUUUGACGGCCAAUAACUGGCUAAUUCGCCUUUCAGCUGAAACAGGAGAAGAACUGCAGAGAGUUUACCUCUCUCCAAACUAUAAGUUCAGAUAUCUUGGCUGGGAUGUUUCUCAAGAGACAUUUUAUGUUAAAUCUGUUCAAAACAAGGAAACACCUUUAGCCAGACAGGCAGGUAUCACUCAGAAUACAGUGAUGCACAUCGCUAUUUUUCACGUUUUCCCAUUGGAAGUUAUUGGUGUUAUGGAGAUCAAUAAAAAAGUGUUUGGAAAUGGUGUCAUAGGUGCUGAUCUGGUUCAAGGUGUCCUUGCACUGUAUUACAGCAAUAAGUCAGUGAAAAUGUACAGCUUCGAGCACAUUAUCCAAAGAUACCUGACAGAGAAGCUAACACUUGGAAAGCAGAGUCCUCUUCUUGGUGGCAAAACAGUCGGAGAUGCACCGUUUGGUAUCCCGUUAAAUAUUCAAAUCACAGAUUGCCCUCCUGUACUUUUCAAGGUCUCUUGUGCUGAAAACAGUGUUCAGAUUGGAGGAAACCCAUGGCACUACAUUUACACACCGCCUCGUAAAAAGGACGAGGGGACCUACCACAUCUGCUCACUCAAGGACGGCACUAUGGCAACAAACGGAGUACAAGAGAUGGACUCCUACUCUCUUGAGAACGACGGGAUCUUCUUUCAUCCUGAUGAUUCAGGAAGAAUUAUCCAUGUGGGACCUGUCACCAUAAAUGUCCUAAAAAUCCUCGGUGAACUAAACAGUGCUCUGCCAUCUAAGGUCGUUGAGGAUUUCUCCCUGAAAACCCACCGAAACAAUCCUAUCUCCCAAGUCACUGUGACCUCAUCAGGCCGCACAGUAAAAAAAAGAUUUCAACAACUGGAUGAUGACCCAUCUCAAAAGACUUUCCGAAUGGUGGAAUAUGAGGAUGAGCUUGACCUUUUGGCAAUCGUGGUAACCAAUGGCGAGGAGGGAGAAGGAAGAGCGUGCAUCCAACUCCAUGACAACCAGACCGGACAAUUACUGCGGACGAUCGAUUUGAUUGAAACCUGGGAUGAGACAAAUAAAAACGAGGUGUUCUUCGACAAAGACACGAUUGUUCAUGUUGAACAAAAGAACGCCAAGUUCUGCUGCCAUGUUUACAAACUGUUCACCACCAAAACAUAAGCGGUGCAAAACUGAAUCAAAGCUGCUGUAAAGCUUUUCAUGAUCACUUAAGAUUUUUUUUAAUAUGAUUUCCUUCUCCUAUAUAUAUAUAUAUUUUUUAAAUAUAUGGAUCUUUGCAUCCUAAGUUCAUAUGAUUACUCUUGAUUAUCACUAUUUUUUUUCUGUUAUGAUUAUUCUAAGUAUGUACCAUUAAACUUGAUCUGACUUUUUUCCUUUAUUCUAAAAAUAAAAUAUUUUAUUUUUCCAAGUUGCUCUGUAUUUCAGCCUU